GCGACAGUUUAAAGCAGCACACGGCAAAGUUAGAACGUGUUGAUGUGUUUACAACAUUUUCAGAGGUCUCGCCUUCCCAAGCAAAUUGAUAUCCAAGAUUUUGUGAAUUUCAGGUUUCAACUCACUCGUUAACAUGGGGAAGCCAAAGAAGAAGAGUGAUCUUAGCCGAGCAGAACUGAUGAUGAUGACCAUAGCCGACGUCAUCAAGCAGCUAGUUGAGGCACACGAGGAAGGAAAGGAUAUUAACCUCAACAAAGUCAAGACUAAAACUUCAGCCAAGUAUGGCUUGUCUGCCCAGCCUCGACUGGUGGACAUAAUUGCAGCCGUGCCUCCUACCUAUCGACGAGCCCUAGUACCCAAGCUCAAGGCCAAACCCAUCCGAACUGCCAGUGGGAUAGCAGUAGUCGCUGUGAUGUGCAAACCUCAUCGUUGUCCUCAUAUCAGCUUCACAGGAAACAUCUGUGUCUAUUGUCCUGGUGGGCCCGAUUCUGACUUUGAAUACUCAACGCAGUCUUAUACUGGCUAUGAGCCAACGUCUAUGAGAGCCAUCAGGGCUCGUUAUGAUCCGUACCUCCAGACCAGACAUCGCGUGGACCAGCUGAAGCAGCUGGGCCACAGCGUGGACAAGGUGGAGUUCAUUGUGAUGGGCGGGACCUUCAUGGCGCUGGCGGAGGAGUACAGAGAUUACUUCAUCAGGAACCUCCACGACGCCCUGUCAGGCCACACCUCCAACAAUGUGGCAGAGGCUGUCAGGUACUCUGAGCGCAGCAACACCAAGUGUGUGGGCAUCACCAUAGAGACGCGCCCUGACUACUGUCUGAAGAGGCACCUGAGCGACAUGCUGGGCUACGGCUGCACCCGUCUGGAGAUCGGCGUCCAGAGCGUCUAUGAAGACGUGGCGCGGGACACCAACAGGGGACACACGGUUCGGGCGGUGUGUGAGUCCUUUCACCAGGCCAAAGAUGCAGGGUUCAAAGUGGUGGCUCACAUGAUGCCCGACCUGCCCAACGUCGGCAUGGAGAGAGACAUUGAGCAGUUCAUCGAGUUCUUUGAGAACCCGGCCUUCAGGCCCGACGGGCUGAAGCUGUACCCCACUCUGGUGAUCCGAGGCACAGGUCUGUACGAGCUGUGGAAGACCGGCCGCUACAAGAGCUACUCCCCCAGUGGCCUGGUGGACUUGGUGGCCCGCAUCCUGGCUCUGGUGCCGCCCUGGACCAGGGUGUACCGCGUGCAGAGGGACAUACCAAUGCCCCUGGUGAGCUCAGGGGUGGAGCACGGGAAUCUGAGAGAGCUGGCUCUGGCCAGGAUGAAGGACAUGGGCACGGAGUGUCGAGAUGUGAGAACAAGAGAAGUUGGCAUCCAGGAGAUCCAUCACAAACUGCGACCGUACCAGGUGGAGUUGGUGAGGAGAGAUUACGUAGCCAACGGAGGCUGGGAGACGUUCCUGUCAUACGAGGAUCCCGAGCAGGACAUUUUGAUUGGUCUACUGCGCCUGCGCCGGUGCUCUGCCCAAUCAUUCCGUCCGGAGCUCAAAGGGGGCGUGUCCAUCGUGCGUGAACUGCACGUCUAUGGCAGCGUGGUUCCUGUUAGUAGCAGAGACCCUAGCAAGUUCCAGCACCAGGGCUUUGGGAUGAUGCUGAUGGAGGAGGCAGAGAGGAUAGCCAGAGAAGAACACGGCUCUGGGAAGCUAGCUGUCAUCUCCGGUGUAGGAACUAGGAACUACUAUAGGAAGAUGGGCUAUGAGCUGGAGGGACCGUAUAUGGUGAAGCACCUGGAUGCACCCUGCAUGGACUGAGGACAAUAUACUCCAGUAUCCAAUUCUACCACCUUUUUCCCUGGACUCAACUGCGAAACAUUUGUAUUUAUUAAGACGUUAUUAAUUUCAAUCAUUUUAUUACAGAAAGUAUCAAAGUUAAUGUGGAGGGUUGAAAACGGUUUGCUUGUAGGUCUGUUUUGGUGCUGGAAGAAAAGCGGUCUGUUUAUCUUCAUGGUGUUAGAUAAUCAUGUUCACAGUCAGAUCAGAGAAACCCCUUAUGAAUUAACUCUCAUUACUGGUUGGCUAUGUCUGAGCGAAUUGUGGGAGAAAUCUAAGUCGCCGUUUUAUAAUCAUACUCAUGUUUUCUUUUAUAGGACAGGAAAUGAAAGAAUAGAUACAUAAAUUGCUUUUUAAAACCA